AUAUGCGCAAUUAUUAUAAUGUCCUCUGAAAUGCUUGAAAAAUUCAUUGCUAUGCUUAUGUAAUUGCUUGUUCGGUCAAGUUUCUGGGAAACUAGUAUUGCUUAAAGAAAGUACUUAUUGCACAGAGUUGAGGUGUUUAGCCAAGCUUUGAUAAAUGAGUCCGAGUAGUAACAUAAUUUGUUUUUCUGCCUCGCGUAGGAAGCAACAGUUUGUAGCUUUUCCUUGGAAGAAGAAAAAAAUAAGUUUUUUUGGACAAAAGUACCUACCAAGAGUUUAUAAUUGCUAAACUAUUCCUCAAGACCCAACAUAUGUUGGAUGAUGUAUUUUUGAUAUUAUUAAGUAAUUAAUUAAGAAUUAAGCAAUGAUAUAAAAAGUAAGUAAUACUAUAACUAAUGACAUAAAAAUUAAGUAGUGACAGAAGUAAGGAUUGUAAAAAUUAAGUAGUGAUAUAAAAAAGUAAUGAAUGACAUAUGGUGUCCAAUGAUAUCGCUUUGAGUUUAUAUUGAUUAAGAUAUAAAAUUGAAAAGCUUAAUUAAAUUUUUUAUUAAAUAUUUAAAAUCAUUUAUGUAUUUAGAUAAUACUAAUCAUGAAGUGAAUCUUUGUCCUUUUUCAUAGUUUGACAAUUGAAAGUACUUCCGGAAAAGAUCUGUCAACAGACAUUGUUUGUCUAAUACUAACAAAAAUGCUUUUCAAAUGAGUUGGCCGAACAUGAACAUGCUACUAUACUUCUCCGAAAAUCUAUUUUAACAUUCGACAUAAAUGCGUAUCAAAAUAAGCAAAGUUUAGAAGCUAGGCCAAACGGGUAAGGAAAGGAUCACAUGUGAGGUAGGACCAGCUUGACAACUCCUCAAAUUUGGUAUCAGUUACUUCCCCAAGAGGUAUUUAGUACCUAUUCCUUAGAGGUAUUUGCUUAUGAGAGUAGAGGGUUAUAAGGCUCGAGGCGUUCCUCAUAACAAUCUUAGUUAAACCCAUGCAUUACUAAGUUUUCAAGGUUGCUUAUGUGACUAGAUAGAGAUAUCUAUAGAUUAGCAAGGGUUAACUAUGUGAAAUAAGUGUAACUCUUAGAUGUCCAUCCAUUUUCUGAAAUGAAGGCGGCUAUCUGGGUGUAAAUUCAACAAUGCUUCAAUAGCUAUGAUAGACUUAGAGUGAUCGCAUCGUAAACUAUAGAGAUCUAAACCCGGAGUGCUAUAUGCUUUUGUAGGCUUGAUUUGAUUAUCAAAUUUGACCCCAUUUAAAUUUCGUUAUUUGUUGGUCCCGUUGUUUAAAAAGGAAAAGAUGGGGAAGCCGGCUAGAUGUUGCUUGCGGUUGUUGGUGACAGUGCUAAACUUGAUUCUGCAAUGUUUAUAGGCACCUAGUUUAUAGACUGAUCAGUUGCUGUGGCAGUUUCAACCCAUCUGUUGUGGAUCCGAUCAAAUUUAAUCUAAUCCAUCCAUUUGCUCGCCAUAAAAAUCUUAGAGGUGUCAAAUCGGAGGGUUGUGAUGAACUUGGACGGGUCAAGUCUAUAAAGAGUUCUGAAUGUAAAUGAUUUGUUUUUUUUUCCUCCAAAAGUACUAGACUAAUGUGUAAAAAAAAAAGACUUAUCUACCUAUAGUGCAUGAAAUUGUGGCCCAUAUAGCGCAUGAUGUCAUAGUUAGUUAAGUCUGUUUUUUUACGCAUUAAUCUGGUAUUUUUGAACCCAUUUCUUCUAUUCCUAUGAUUGUUCAGUGGUGGGUAUUUUCCUUUUAGGAUUAGGUUUCUAUCCCGUGUUGUGCUAAGCUCAUUUCUCUUUUUAGGUCUUAAUUUUUGUACUUAAGAUCUUGCAUACCCUGCUAGUCAUUUAUUAUCCACAUGUCAUACAUCUUUCAUAUAGGAUGAUCUUAGAAAGCAUCCAAGUGUUGGACAUUUGCAUGAUACAGGUAAACCAAUCGCUCUAGGUUAAAAACGAAACGACUUUCUCAAACUAAUACUGCAGAUCGACAUCGGGGUGACUAUGAGUCUGUGAUGCUUCCUGUUGAGUACAAUACACAAUUCAGACUUGAUGUUCGUUUGCACAGUAUGGAAGAAAAUUAUGAAGAAUGGGACUAAGUAACUUUUUUUAGAUUCAUUCUUUAAUAUAACAUCAACAUAACAAUAACAUUCUAAAGCAAUAUAGGCAUUUAUCUCAUCCAUCCACCGAGAAAAACACAUGCCUUACACUAAAAGUUCACGCGCUUUAUUCAAAACAAAAAAAACAUUUUGAAAUGAACCCAUAUAUAUAAGUGGGCUAGUCUGCUCAUUAUUUGUGUUCGUACAUUUUUUCAUUAUUUUUAUACAAGACCUCCGCUAUACCCGUUAUGGAGAGGAUUCGCGCCGGAUGGAACACGCACUUCGAACCAUAGACUACUGUUGCUUGAAUCAAACGAAGCUUUGGAACAGAAUUACGCUUCUUGCUAGCAGUGUUAUUAAAGGCGAGCGCCUUCUCGCCUUUGGCGAGAGGCGAGGCAAGGCGUGGCUGCUGCGCCUUUCAUGGCCAUGGCGAGCAGACCUUCAAAAGGCGCGCCAAUGGCGAGAAAGGCGCUAAUGGCGCAUGGCGAGGCGAGCUGGAAAGGCGAGGCGACCAGAAUUUAAAAAAAAAAAACAAUUAAAAGAAGUGGAGGACUUAAAUAAAGUGGAGGACUCUUUUCAUGUCCCCUUUUCCCGUUUUGUUGUCUGACACUAAUUUGUUUUCUUUAUUUAAUAAAUAAAAGCUCCACUAAGUUCUUAGUGGAAAGUUUCAGGUAUGUCUCUUUCUCCUUCUUGUUUUUCUUCAGUUCUUCUUCUUUCUUCCUCCUGUAUUUUCGACUUCUGCUUCUUCGUCUGUUCUUCUUCUUUCUUCUUCUUUUUUUUCCGGCGACAAUUGGCCUAUUUCCGGCCACCUCUGGUUUUUUUUUUCCUUCUUCUAUUCUCUUCUUCUUUUUCUGUUUUUUCUCCUCUGUUUUUUUUUCCUUCUUCUAUUCUCUUCUUCUUUUUCUGUUUUUUCUCCUCUGUUUUUUUACCCUCAGUUUUUUUCACCUUUGUUAAUUGCUCUGUUUUUUUCUCCUCUGUUUUUUUUUCUCUGUUUGGACUAGUGAGACAGUGGUUGUUUUGCUCCUAUUUUUUCUGUUCAAUAAUUGUUUAAAUUUUGUUAUACAAUUAUAAACAGUAGGUUCAAAUUCAAUGGAAUCGUCGGACGCUAGCAAAAAAGACAUAGGUUGGAAUUAUGGUGCCAAAGGCCUAACAAAAGAUUCAGUCACAUGUAUCUUUUGUCGAGAAACUUUCAAUGGCGGAAUUACUCGACACAAACAACAUUUGAUUGGUGGUUACAGAAAUGUAAAAAAAUGUGGAACUUGUCCUCCUGAAAUUAGGGAAGAAGUAAAAAAGUAUGUUGAAAGUAAACAGUUGUUAAAAACUCAAAUGUUGCACCAACCAUCCUUGGCUAAUCUCUCUGAUGAAGAUGAUGAAAUGAGGCCUCCUCCCUCAAAAACACAAAAAAUGUCAUCCAAUGCAUCAUCCACGGCACGGACUGCCAAUGUGAAAGGUCCCAUGAAUCUUUAUUACCCGCAAACAUCAAAGGGGAAGGGAAGCAGUAGCACGACAGCGUCUGAUGCAUCCAAGAAGUUGCUAAGAGAUCGCGCUGUAAGUGCUUUUGCAGUAUGGGUAUAUGAUGCAGGGCUCCCUUUUAAUUGUGUAAAUCACAAAAGUUUUGAUAAAUACAUUGAGACCAUAGGACAAUAUGGCCCAGGAAUGAAACCUCCUACCUAUCACGAAAUUAGAGUUACUCAUCUAAAAAAAGAGGUGGAGAAGAUAGAUGAGAUUAUUGAGGAACAUAAAUUGAUAUGGACAGAGUUUGGGUGUUCAAUUAUGAUGGACAAGUGGACAACACGAAAUGGAAAAAUGAUCAUCAAUAUUUUGGUCAAUUCUCCAUUAGGUGGUGUGUUUCUUGGGUCAGUCGAUGCUAGUGAUGAAUCUACAAAUUCCACCAAGAUGUUCAACUUGUUUGAGAAGACUAUUAAGCAAAUUGGACCGGAAAAUGUUAUACAAGUUGUUACCGAUAAUGCUAGCGAGAAUGUUAAAGCCGGUGACAUGAUAAUGGGUGUGUACCCGCACAUUUACUGGACUCCAUGUGCUGCCCAUUGUAUCAAUUUGAUGUUUGGUGACAUCUUCAAAAUAAACCCGUAUGCUUCAGUUUUUCAGAAGGCCAUUAAGAUACAUUCUUACGUAGCAAUGAGACCAUUGUUGUUGAACAUGAUGAGAAGAUAUACAAACCAAAGAAAUUUGGUGAAACCGGCUAAGACAAGAUUUGCAACGGCCUUCUUAACUUUGCAAUCUUUUUACAUGCAAAAGAAAAACUUGAGAACUAUGAUCUUCUCAACCGAAUGGACAGAAAGUAGAUUUGCAAAGGAACUUUUGGGAAAAGAAGUUGUCAGACAUCUUACUUCUACAUCUUUUUGGAAUGAUGUUGUUAGGGCACUUAAAGUUGGUUCACCUUUGAUAGUAGCGCUUCGCUUGGUGGAUGGAGAAAAAAAACCAUCAAUGGGCUAUAUUUAUGAAGCAAUGGAUAGAGCCAAAGAAGCUAUUGAAAAGGGUUUUCAUGGUGAUCGGAAGCAAUAUGAGAAAGUUUUCGAAAUCAUUGAUCUGCGGUGGACGGACCAACUUCAUAGACCUUUGCAUGCAGCAGGCCAUGUUUUGAACCCGGGAAUGUUUUACACUAAUUAUCAAAAUAAGACUUUAUCAACAGAAGUGUGGAAAGGUUACCGUGAAUGUGUUGAUAAGAUGGUCCCUAAUGCAACACAAGAUGUUCUCAUCAAAGAGCUUCAUAUGUAUAAACAUGCAUUGGGGACUUUUGGUAUGCCUCAGGCUAUAAGAAACAGAGACAAAACAUCCCCUUGUAAGUGGGUUGAUUUAGUUAUUUUUAUAGCUUUACUUAAGUUAUUUGACUUAUUUAUAAUUAUUAAACCUUUUAAUUUUUUUUUUAUAGCUGAAUGGUGGUCGGUAUUUGGUAAUCAUACUCCAAACUUGCAACAGCGUGCCAUAAGAGUAUUAAGUUUAACUUGUAGUGCAUCCGGAUGCGAGAGAAAUUGGAGCGUGUUUGAACAUAUUCAUACCAAAAAGAGGAAUAGGCUUGAACUAUCGCGUCUCAACAAUCUAGUGUACAUUAAGUACAAUAGAACAUUGAGGCGUCAUUAUGAUGUUGGCGAUACCGUUGAUCCAAUUCUGUUGGAUAAUAUUGACGAAGCAAAUGAAUGGUUAAUUGGAUGCCCCCAAAAUGAAGAAGAGGAACUAGUAUAUGAGGGAUGUGAUCUUGAUUGGGGUACUGUUUCUAGGGCGUCUGGAGUUGAGGAGAAUAUCUAUAGUCUUAGGGGCGGUUCUUCAAGUUCAAGGUCACAUAACAAGGGCAAAAGAGUAGCUACUAUUGCUACAAGCUCACUUCGCUCUCGGUGCUUAAUUGAUGAAAACUCCGAGUCCGAGACCGAGACCGAGCCCGAGCUCGAGGAGGAAGAAGAUGAGGAGCAAUAUAAUGUUGAGAAUCUUGGAUAUCAAGAAUUUGGAAAUCUUGAAGAUCUUGAAUUUGAAUAGACUUUUAGUAUUGCACUAUUGCUUUAAUUUUAGUAUUGCUUGUCUUGUCACUUAUGAAUUAUUGAGUCAUUGACUCGUUCAAGUUCUAGACUUUUAGUAUCUACUAUCUACUUUUAAUUUUUGAAUUGAAAUAUUUGCUAAUAUGUUAUUGCUAGUGAGAUUUUGAUUAUUUA